AUGCGCUUGCUGGGGACGCCGCCGCUGCGCUUUUCCUUGGCCGCAGCCGCCGCCGCCGCCUCCUGCCUGCUGCUCCUGCAGGUGGACGCCUAUUUCGGCCUGACUGGGAAGGAAGCUUUAACUCAGUUUCCUCUGCUGGGGCCCUCGACAAACCCUGCCCACGGGAAGGCUCACUUGAAGCAAUGUGACCUGCUCAGGCUGUCCCGGAAGCAGAAGAGGCUUUGCCGCCGGGAGCCAGGUCUGGCUGAGACCUUGCGGGAUGCCAUCCGGCUUGGGAUCCUUGAGUGCCAGUAUCAGUUCCGUAACGAGCGUUGGAAUUGCAGCCUGGAUGGGAGGGCCGACCUCCUGAAGCGAGGUUUCAAGGAAACGGCCUUUCUGUAUGCGGUGUCUUCAGCGGCACUCACCCACUCUCUCGCUCGGGCUUGCAGUGCUGGGCGAAUGGAGCGCUGCACAUGUGAUGACUCGCCAGACUUGGAAAACCGCAAGGCUUGGCAGUGGGGAGUGUGUGGGGACAACCUCAAAUACAGCACCAGGUUCCUGAAGAACUUCCUGGGCCAGAAGAAGGUUGGGAAAGACCUGCGGGCCAAGGUGGAUAUCCACAACACAAAUGUGGGCAUCAAGACUGUGAAAAAUGGCCUCAAGACCACCUGCAAAUGUCACGGUGUCUCUGGGUCCUGCGCCGUGAGAACCUGCUGGAAACAGCUGUCCCCUUUCCAUGAGACGGGGAAUCUUCUCAAGUUGCGCUAUGAUGGUGCCGUCAAGGUCUUCAGCACUACUAAUGAUGCCGUGGGCCAUUCAGAGCUGGUGAGCCCUCAGAACCAUGGCCAUUUGGCCAAAGGCCCUGCCGCUCCGCGUCCCACUGACUUGGUUUACAUGGAAGACUCUCCCAACUUCUGCCGGCCCAGCAAGUAUUCAGUGGGCACUGCUGGAAGGACGUGUUCCCGCGAGGCCAACUGUGACAGCAUGUGCUGUGGCCGAGGUUACAACACUCAGACUCACAUGGUCACCUUCUCCUGCCAUUGCCAGGUGCAGUGGUGCUGCUAUGUAGAAUGUCAACAGUGCAUGCAGGAAGAGGUGGUUUAUAGCUGUAAGCAGUAAAAUGUUGACUUGUGGCUGCUGGAGGAAGACAAAGACAGGCCACUUCUUCUUUGGAUUGCACAAUGUUCUAGUAUCACACUUCGCAUCCCCCUGGAACUCUGGAUGCCCCCUUCAUACUAGGAAUGAACGUUAAUCUGGGAAGAACGUGUCAACUGGAAUGGUUCUACAGCACUGGAUCUUGUUCUGUGUGCACAGCAGUCGUAGCAGUGAAAUUCCAGCUCUGAGAGGCUGAACAUCCUAAAAGGUCAAGGACCUACACUGUAGAAAAGGACCUGCAUUACACUGAGUGAGGCCAUUGGUCCAUCUAGCCCAGCACUGUCCACUAUGACUAGGAGCCAGCUGUCCAAGGUUCUCAGCCUGAGGACCAUUCUAAGUGGAAGUGCCCGGAAUUGAAACUGGGGACCUCAUCCAUACAAAGCAUGGUUUCUCCUGCUGAACUAUUGCCCUUCUCUAGAACAAGACAAAGGAUAGGGGCAGGGUGGGGAGGCCUUUACAAUGAGUGGGAGCCAUUUCCCCUCUAAGGUGUCUGCUCAGUCAGUCUUAGAUCCUGCUUCAGUUGAAUCAGGAAGGUCCCACUCUGAAUAUAUGUGCGCACACUGCCUUGGUACUGCCGCCCAGCACAAAACUCAUUCUGUGCACAGGUGAGAAAUUAGAACACUGGGUGGGAGGAACUAUAUAAUUAGACUCCAAUCAGGAACUGCUGAGGUUAGGGGGUCCCCUUGGCCAAGCACAACAUUCUGCUUGACCAUGUUGCUCCUGUGGCUAAGUGGUGUGUUCUAGCAUUGCAGUCCUUCCCCUGGCCACACAAAGCAUACUUACUUGUACAGAAAGCUGGGGGAUUUGACUGUAAGCAUGUAUUAUAUUGUCUGGUAGAUGUGGUGUGUGUGUGACAGACAGUUGAGGAAGCAGAGAUGAGAUGCUGCAUUCUAAGGGACUGAGCACUUGUAGGAGGGGCAUGGAAUGAGAAAAACGACAUGUUGGCAGCAGAUACAGGGUAUGUGUUUUGAGGAGGGAGGACAAUGUCAACAUUUUGUUAAGCCUCUGUAGAGCUGAAACUUGGGAGAAGGAAAAACUUUGUGUUUGCAGUUGGAUACCAAUGGGGUACUGGGGUGCUUGGCAUCUGGCAGGCUUAGGAACUGCAAGUUGCUUACCUUUAACUGGAGUUCUUCUGGAGGUUAUCUGUCCAGUCACACAGAUGGGCUUCGAGCUUACGUGAAGAAACAUCCAGGAGAAAAACUUACAAGCUCUUCUCUUUUCUCUUGUCUCUUCUGAUAGGCAGAUAGGCUCUUCCCCCUUGUAGGAGUGUGCACGGUUUGGCCCGGGCACAAUGUAAAAGACCUCCGGACCGGUUCGGAGGUUCAGGAGGGCAGGUGCAUGUAGCU